UUACUUUUUCCGAACGACAUAGCGUUUAAGCAUCAGUCGUCCUCGAGAAGCUUCGCUGAGUAGAAAAUUGCAGAGAGACUCAUUCUUCCUCAACUCACUGAACUGUUAUUAUUAUACAGUUUAGGGUUUCAAAAUCCCCGCCAAUUUUCUCACCUUCCACGAUCGGAGCUCUAAUGGCGUCUACAGCGGCUGAACAAGUCGAGAGAAAAAUUGCGUCGGUAACAUCAAACCCGAACCCGGAUAUCAAAGCGGCUGUUGCAUCUCGGAUCAAUAGCCAAAGCGACGCUUCUCCAUCUCCCUCGCUCAAUUCCAAGGAUUUCAUCGUCUCCGUUGCUGCUAAAGUCGCCUCUCAGCCGUUGCAGAACUACGAUUUAAACGUCUGGGGUGUCCUCACCGCAAUUUCAAGCCAUGCUCGCAAACGCCGGCAGGGCAUAAAUAUACUAUUGAGUUCUGAUGAGCAUUGCUUAGGACGGCUACCAUGUCACGCCAGUUNUCGUUCUCAACUUUAUAAAAACGACGACCAUUGUUUCUUUACUUUUUCCGAACGACAUAGCGUUUAA